AUGUCGACAUUUCUUAGGGAUAAACAUAUUGCAUAUGUGCAAUCGCUGGAUAAGCACCAUGAGAGUUUUGAGUACUGGCUAUCAGAGCACCUUAGGCUCAACGGAGUCUACUGGGGUUUAACAGCGUUAUGCUUAAUGGAUGCUAAGGAAAUUUUCAACAAGGAUGAGAUAGUACAAUUUGUGAUGAAGUGUUAUUGUAAAUCCACUGGUGGUUUUGGACCUUUCCCCCGUCAUGAAGCUCAUAUCCAUGCUACUCUCUCAGGAAUUCAAGUACUGGCUACUUACGAUGCUCUUGACGUAUUAUCAACAGAACAAGUGGAGCAAACUGUGCAAUUCAUUAGAGGGAACCAGUUGAGUGAUGGGUCGUUUCAAGGUGACAGAUUUGGUGAAGUGGAUACUAGAUUUGUCUAUACAAGUUUAAGUGCGUUAUCGAUCCUGGGUAAGUUGACCCCAGAAGUGGUAGAUCCCGCUGUUGAAUUUAUUAUGAGAUGUUACAAUUUUGAUGGAGGAUUUGGGCUUUGUCCAGGAGCUGAAAGCCACUCUGCUCAAUGCUUUGUAUGUCUUGGUGCUCUUGCCAUUGUUGGUAGAUUAAACGAAUUGAGCGAAGAUCAAUUGGAAAAGACAGGUUGGUGGCUCUGCGAAAGACAGGUACCUGAAGGUGGGUUAAACGGUAGGCCCAGUAAAUUGCCUGAUGUUUGCUAUAGCUGGUGGGUUCUAUCCUCUUUGGCCAUCAUUGGCAGAUUGGAAUGGAUAGACUAUGAGAAAUUACGGGAAUUUAUCUUAAAGAGUCAGGACUCCAAAAAAGGUGGAAUCAGUGAUAGACCUGAUAACGAAGUAGAUGUUUUCCAUACGCUUUUUGGUAUAGCAGGUUUGAGUCUGAUGGGCUUCGAAAAUCUGAUUUCAAUUGAUCCUGUCUAUUGCAUGCCCUACUAUGUCACCAAGAAAUUUAAGAAAUAUCCAUAUUAA